UCUUCACGCUCUAGACCUCCAAAAACAUCACUCUACCUUACCUGUACCUGCCUAAGGUAAGGUACCACUACCUAAAGUAAUGGUAUGGUAACUCUCUAAUCCUAGCAAUCGAGUUACCUCUACCUCUACCUACCUCAUAGCAUUUAUAGGUAGUCUAUUAUAGGCAGGUGCAUGAAAUGAGCUAUGAACCAAAAUUGAUAAUUCGUACCAUCUUAUACUGGAACUAAAGCACUUACACAAACCAGAAGACGACUAUUCGACACGUGCUCGUCGCGAAGAUGAUAACACCCCAAAUUAACGAAUGCUACUCGGAAUGUUGUGGAUAUGCUUGUUUUAUAGUCUGAAAAUGAUAUCAACUGGGGGGAUGAUGAUUUAGAUAAUUCUAUUAGCGAACUGAUUUAUAAAAGAGAGAUAUAUAUAUACCUAGGUACCUAUAUAAGUAAUGGUCAUGGCCAUGAGAGUGCAUGUAGGGUUACAUAUCCAGCCCAUUUUGCUACAGAUCGAUCGUUAGCAAAACGUCGCCAUGCAGAUAUCACGAUCCGUCAUCGCCGCUUUAACAUUCCGGCUCUCCGAUGCGGCGGGACAACAUCUAGCGCCAGCUCAGGACAUUAAUUUUCCCCGUAGUGAAAGCGCGACGAAUCCCCUCGAGUGGCUUGGAGCUAACGGACCGUGGUAUGCUGGCCCAAAUGUAUUCGGGAUUUCACCCGAGCCCCCUCGAGGUUGCCAUGUCGACCGAGCUGCUUAUAUCUCGAGACACGGUUCGAGAUACCCCGACCAAGGGGCUUACGAUGGCUGGGUUUCCAUGUAUGAACGGUUUCAAGCCAGCAACUUUACGGCAACCGAGAGCUUAGCAUUCCUUCAAAACUGGCGGCCUGUCCUUGAAGACCCUGCUUCACAGAUUGCCAUGGAGAAUCCUACUGGUGUAAAGGAGGCCCUAGAUCUAGGUUAUACACUACGAACCAGGUAUCCGGGCCUCUACCGAGAAGGAGACGACUUCGUGGUGUGGGCCAAUAACUAUACUCGGGUCCUCCAAACAGCGUCCAUGUUUGUUCGCGGCUACUUGGGUGUCGCUGCUCCUCAGAAAGGGAGCGUAAUCUCGGUUACGUCUCGAGGUUUCCCAGCUGGCGUUGGAGAUUCGCUCGCCCCGUCGGACAUGUGUCCUAAUUUUAAAGAUCUCGAGGGAGGAGAAUAUAAAUCCACCUGGGACGAUAUUUGGAUCCCGCCGGUUCAGAAUCGUCUGCAGAAGUUGAUAAAGGGCAAUCUAUCUUUGACAGCGGGUGAUAUCGCCCAGAUACCAUACCUGUGCGGCUUCGAAAGCCAUAUCACUGGCCGGCUUUCGCCCUGGUGCGAUAUUUUUACCGACGAGGAGUUAAAGCAAUACGAAUACUCUAACGACCUUCGAUAUUAUUAUGGUAUUGGACCAGGUACAGACCUGCCCAAGAAGAUGAUGACGCCUUUCUUAAACACACUCGUUGGCAUACUUCAAAACGAGACUAGCACAGGCGUAGGAAUCAAUGGUUCGACUUUCAACAUUCCGAAGCUUUUGGUGUCGUUCUUGAAUGACGGACAGCUGACCGAACUCGUCACUGCGAGCGGUGUUUUCGACGAACAACCCGCGCUGUCUGCUACCGAGAAGGAUGACAGCAGAUUAUGGGUAGGGUCGCGGUAUGUGACAAUGAGAGGCACGAUCGCUUUCGAACGUCUGAACUGCGUGAAAAGGAGCUGCCGAAAACCCAGGGAUUGUCCCUCGAGCGGGUUGAGCGAGACAUACGUCCGCAUCAGAUUGAACGAUGCGGUGUAUCCGAUCCCCUCUUGCCGUAACGGCCCUGGGUCGUCUUGCCAGCUGAGCGACUAUGCGAGAUACGUCGCGGAAAAGUAUGCUGCCGAAGGGGACUGGAUUACGAACUGUAAUGUUACAGUCACCAAGGACACCCCGACAACAGUGAAAGGGGCCAGCUUCUUCACUGAUCUUAGUAACCCAUGGGUCCAGCGGCUAGCGGUUUGAAGCUUCAUGUUAUUGAUAGGUACCUACAGCAUUUGUAUACAUAAACUACUAGAUACAGGUAUAUUAGAGGUAUAUUAGGUAUAUACAUAUAUGGUGAAUCUACGAACGAUACUAUGAGAUCACAAAUUCUCUUGCGGUGGUUCGUUAUCUUAUUAACCAACUGACUACCUCUUACCUGACAACUGUUAACCUAUUGUAAUUGUUC